AUGUACAUAGACCGGCUGCUCCACUUGGAGAUGGAUGUAGAGGGCACGGCCGAGCAACUCACAAAAACACGCGAGAGCGUGAUCGAUGAUGUCAUGCUGUUGAUGGGCUACAGCUACCUUUGUCCGAACAGGAUCAUCGCGAUGGCCAUCGACAUCUACGAGCGCAUCAUCAUUGAGGAGGCAGAGCCGAGCAAGAAGCCUCAAGCCAUCUUGGCGCUGCUUCGCCGGUUUAGCCGCGACCGAGUCUCGAAGGUCGCCUCAUUCCUGCUGCAUCCGGGGCAGCCCCCGGCAGCAGCAGUGGGAGGCAAAGAUGCGAAGCCACCCGAGCCGAACGUCAGGGCGUCGCAGUUCGUGGCCACCGCUUCGCUGAUCUCCCUGAACCUUGUGGACCUGAGAAUGGUGUGGUCCUACUUGGAGCCAAGCGAAAAGAAGAUCCAGGAGGCGUGGUCUCACCUGAACUUCAGAUACGAGGCCAAGCUGAAGACCGUGAGCAUCGUGGAUCUCAGCGGAAAGCAAAACCUUGCGCGGGACAAACGCUACUUCAAUGGCUGUGCAAAGAACUUCAACCUCAUGCUCAAUCAGAAGAUCCGGCUGGUGGAGGCGAUGAUCAGCAUUAAUGACUGGUGCAAUGCCUGCGUCAUGCUGACACAGCUCCGCAGGCUCGUUGCAACGAUGAUUCAAGGGUGGGGCAACCGCGGUGACGGGUAG